AUGUCUUCCCACAAACGACCCCGUGCUACUGGAGCGAGUCUUGUUGUGUACAUCGAAAACAUCAACAACGACACCCAGAUUGCAGAUUUCGAAACCUUUGUCACUGCAGCUGGUUUCUCUGGCACAUUCUUUUGGCCCGAGACGAAAAGUCCUAUUGACCGCUAUCAUGAUGGCUGUUGGGUCCAGUUCCAAUCCCAAGUGGACGCCACUCGCGCACUGGCUGUUCUAGACAAUGCUACAUUCAUGGGAAUGAAGAUUGUCACUAGAUCAGUCACUGUAAACUUUAAACGAGCUCGUCAUGGGAAUGUCACAAGCGUCCAGGACCCUGCCAUGGUUACUCACCACAACAAGGGGCCAGAACCAACCUCACAGCUGCGAGAAUCUGUCGGCUCUUAUGAUAACGGAUCGCCUCUAAUUAAAGAUGUGCCAAUCUCUUGCAAACAAAAACAUCCUCACAUGCAACACGACUCUCACAAACCACCCCAAGAGCUCAUCAAUGACAAGGUGAAGCUCGAGAAUACGGAUGAGAAUUCUAUUAUGAACCUUCCAGACAAGUCUAUCUCGCAAAUUGCCAAUGACGGCAAGAUGAGACAACCCUGGGUCUAUCAGCAGUGGUUUUACAAAGGCCAAUUAGAGAGUAUUGACAGCUCAAAAGAUCCACGACCUACGUACAGGUUGCAUGACAUCUGGUUUGCCGAUAACCCUACAGGUGACACGACCGCUAUGUUCGCGAGAGGUAUUCAGAUGUCAGGUCUGACAGCGAGAGUUCAAGUUGGAGAGGAACCGCCCCACGGGGCGAGAUCCAUAGCCUUGUUCGGUGCAAAGAGCUCUGGACACUCAAUGUAUUGGGAGCCGGGCCGUCUUCUUGGACACGACAACAAAGCACGGGCUUUAGUUUCUCACUCUCCGACCUUCCUCGUCCCUGCUGACCCUGGUUCCGACUAUUCUUCGGGAACUUGCCGCAGUCACAUACCUAUUUAUAGGCGCCCAAGAAGCGUAGGGCUUGGCUGGGGUGGCUAUGACCUGUACAACGAGUGGCAGUAUCUCGGGAGACAAGCCAAGAAAUAUGUUCCCGAAAGGGACUACCUGACAAGAACCGCUGCCUCGAAUGUUAGCUUUACGUCCGAGGUUACGGGGGUUCACACCGUGAGCAUCGAGAGUAGGACGAUCAAGUCAUGGGAAGACAUUGGCCAGGAUAGAAGUCUGUGGAUGGAGAUCAACCGGAAAGAGGAUCGCAUGGGCAACGCUUUGCCACCAAGAACCAAGAGAAAGUAG